GGAAUGAGAGACUUUUUAAAGUACAUGGUGCGUUGUGAGUUAUGCAGAAGCCUAUCUCUGAAUAAGAAUGAGCACCACUGAUGGACCUGGGACCCCUGAGCCUGAUGAAGAAUCCCGUGUUGUGCAGAUCUACCCCAGGCUACCCUUGGAGACAGAAGCAUACUGUCCCCUGCAGGUCGGCAUAAAGGACACAGCCAAAACUGUGAUCCACAAUGCUGUGGUCACGCUGGACCUGGAUUCCAGCCAGAACUACAGCUUGCUGGAGGUGAGGAAGGAAGGCAGCGAGGAGAAGCUGCUCCAGGAUGGUGACUCCAUUUUGCCACGAGUGCUGCUGUGGCCCUCGGAGACCCAGAGGUGGCACCCUCGUAGCCAGGGGUUCUACUUUAUCCUGCAGCAGAGCAACAAUGGAGCUAAGCAAGUAGGAACUUCCAAAGAGGACUCUGAUGACCUCUGUAACCUCUCCUCUGUCACAGAGGAGGCGGUCCUGCAGGUGUUGCGCCAACGCUUCUUAGAGCACAAAAUCUACACCUACAUCAGCAACAUCCUCAUCGCCAUCAACCCCAAUAAGUUUUUACCUCUUUAUUACAACCCGAAGUAUGUCAAACUGUAUGAGAACCAGCCGCUGGGCAAACUAAGUCCCCACAUUUUCGCCAUUGCCGACGUGGCCUUCAGAACCAUGCUGAACAGGCAGGUGAACCAGUGCAUCAUGAUAUCUGGCGAGAGCGGAUCAGGGAAGACUGAAAGCAGCAGCUACCUCAUCCACUGCCUGACCACACUCAGCCGGGGGACAUAUUCAGGCGGGCUGGAGCGAGCCAUUCUAGGAGCCGGACCAGUGUUGGAGGCAUUUGGCAAUGCAGAGACAGCAGAAAAUAACAACUCCAGUCGCUUUGGGAAGUUCUUUCAGCUCAUCUACCUGGAAAGUGGUGUCAUCAGAGGGGCAUUCGUUGAGAAGUUUCUGCUAGAAAAUAGCCGCCUGGUGUCCAGAGGUCCAAAUGAAAGGAACUACCACGUGUUCUACUGUCUGCUGAUGGGUGCGUCCAAAGACGAGCAGAAAGAGUUUCGUCUGUUGAAGCUGGAGGACUAUGUUUAUCUCAACCAGGGACAGCUUCAGCUGAAUGACGUGGACGAUCUCAAACAGGAGUACAAGAGACUCAAGCAAGCUAUGGAGAUGGUUGGCUUUUUGGCCCCCACUAAGAAACGCAUUUUCUCUGUCCUCUCUGCCAUCCUACUCCUGGGAAAUGUGACAUACAAUCUGUCAAAUGAUACUCAGGUGUUGGAAGCUGGACCCACGGAGGUUUUAUCUUCACUGUCACAUCUGCUCAUGGUGAAAAAGGAGCACCUGGUGAAGACUUUAACCAAAAAGACAGUCGUAACUGCCGCCUCUGCUGUGGAUGCACCAUACACACUACAAGAGGCCAACUCUGCACGUGACUCUCUGGCCAAGUCUCUAUACAGCGCUCUGUUUGACUGGAUCGUGCUUCACAUUAACCAUGCUAUGCUCAACAGAAGAGACAUGGAGGAGUCUGUCUCUUGUUUGUCCAUUGGUGUCCUGGACAUGUUUGGAUUUGAGAAUCUCCAGAAAAACAGUUUUGAGCAGCUGUGCAUCAACUACGCCUGUGAGAAGCAGCAGUUUUACAUCAAUCAGAACAUCUUUAAGUUUAAACAGGAGGACUACGUGUCAGAAGGUAUAACCUGGCAGAACAUUGACUUUACUGACAACAGUGACUGCAUCCAGCUUAUCAGCGACAAGACAAUGGGACUCUUCAGCUUGAUGAACGAGGAGAGCAGCCUCCCUCAUUCCCAAGAUGAAGCCAUGUUGGAGAAGUUUAAACGGCACCAUCAGAACAACUCUCGCUUUGUGGUCUCUCCUAACAAGGAGGCUACUUUUACCAUUGAGCAUUAUGCUGGGAAAGUUAACUAUCAAGUCAAGGAUUUCCAACAAAAAAACACCGAGCACAUGCGUCCUGAAUUCGCAUCUCUCCUGCGGAGCAGCAAGCACUCAUUACUGCAUCAUUUGGUCGCAUCCAGCCCUGGAGCUUUGUUCAGAUGGGGCAUCCUCCGAGCAACCAUCCGCAUCAUCUCAGUGUUCAAAAAACUCUUAAGACAGCGGGCAGAACAAACUGCUGCGAGACAGGGCCAACGCAGGUCGCUCACUAGCAUCAAAAGGCGCAGCAGUUAUCUUGAAAGACUGUCUGGUGGCCUUCAGACUCUGGAUUUCUCCUUUGAUCGAUCUGAUGAACAAUCACUUGAUUUGUUUGAGGACAUAUUUGUCAAUUAUGAAAAGAGAAAGAAUAAUAGAGGUAGUCGACAGAAGCAGCUCAUUCCGAAGACUCUCAUGAAUUUGCGUUCCCUUCAUCACAUCGUUGGCCUUACAAAGCACAACAAAACCAGAAAACUCAUCGUCCCCCCCAACAGGCCAGCAGACCCCCCCACAGUUAGUGCACAGUUUCAGAGCUCACUCGACAAACUGAUUGAGACUAUUGAGAAAGCAGAGCCUUUCUUCAUUUUCUGUUUUCGCUCCAACACUGAGAAGAAAUCUCUUCACUUUGAUGAUGAAGUGGUGCUAAAUCAAAUCAGGUAUACAGGAAUACUACAGAUGAUUCACAUGCAGAAGUCAAGCUACACGGCUAAAUACACAUUUGAGGAAUUUGUUAAGAAGUUCAGGAUUUUGCUUCCAAAGGGAGCCACUGCAGCCCCAGAAGUCAUAACUGUACUGUUUGAGAAGAUGGGACUGGAAAAAGCCUCCUACCAAAUAGGAAAAAACAAGGUUUAUCUCAAAGAAAAAGAGCGUCAGUUACUCCAGGUCACUUUGAACAAAGAGGUGAUGCAGCGCAUCGUCACACUGCAGCGGUGGUUCCGUACCUGCCUCAUCAGAAUGCAUUUCCUGCAAAAGAGGGACGCCACAAUGAUCAUCCAGAGGAGCUGGCGGGAGUUUUUUGAGAAACAGAACCGAGCAGCGACUGUAAUGCAGAUGGCGUGGCGUACUUCCCUGAAAGAGUCCAUAGAGGAGGAGAUGGAGAAUAAGGAAGGUUCCAGUUCGCAACGUAGAGUCAGCUUGGAGAAAAGGCGUUUGAGGUGGCAGCAAAGUCCAGACAUCAACGUUGGCAUGAAUCAAGAGUCGGAUCCAGUCAACAGCCAGACCUCACAGCAGGACCAGAGCAGGCAGAAAGAAGAAGGCAGAGGGUCUCCUCAUCUGCUGAACCGACCCUUCUCCGUCCCACUGGACUCCACUGCUGGCAGCAGUCCCUGCAUUAACCCUUCUGAAAGCAGGAGGGAAAGAUACAGUGAAGAUGAGCUCACUGACCUAUCAAGUCCUGAAAUCGCCCGAAAGAGAAAUGAAUUCUAUCGCAAAGGAAAGUCAAUGUCUGCUGAUGAACUGUCAGGCUCCUCUGGAUGUGAAAGCUCUUCCAAUACCAGACAGGAAAGGGUUCGACUACGCAAGCCGAAAAAACACAAGCGGCGUUUAGCCUAUGCUCGCAGCGGUUUGGUGUAUAACUUUGGGGGCUCCAAGGAGAGUGAAUACUGGCAAUUUCCCCUGCCUCCCAUCAGCCCUCUUCUGCCUGGCCUGAAGAACUCAGCCAGUAGCAUGGAUUUCCGGGCCCUCAAUUCCCAGGUCAAGAUGCAAUCAGAACUGGACUGUUCAAGGUACAGCCUUCCAGCCACAGGAGGCACAGAUAAUCAGAGCUCAAACCAGGCGCUUACAACUCCAGAGAGGAUGUGGUUUCUUGGUAGAUUUUUGAAGAAACGGGCACAGAAAUCUUCUGGAUCCUGUGAAUCUCUUUCAGAUAAAAAUGCAACGUUGCCAAGGUUGUCUCCACAAUCUUACCAAACUAAUUCCAACAAUUCGAAGGUUCCAAGAAACACUACUGUUCGAAUCAGCAGGGCCACACGAGCACUGCAGGCUGAUGCCUCACUUGACAGAGAGAUUACUGAUCCUAAUGAGCUAAGAAACCUGGACGAGUUCCUUGGGAAUCAGGUAAAUGAGCUACGAACAAGAAUAAAAGAUUUGUCCCCUACGGAAAACAUGUUCCUGUCUGCCACCAUGGAGUUCAGGGAAAAUAUCAAAGACAUGUACUCCUUAAAAAAGCCCCAAGUUUGUUACAAAAGCUUAAUGAAUGGCUACCGUAACACAGUGACCGCAUUAGCAAAACUAACUAACGAGUCGGAGGUCUCACUGGUGGUCAACUUGUUCCAAUCUGUGCUGGACGGGUUCAUCAGGGCUGAAAUAAAACGAGCCGAGUCAGAACCAGCCAAGUCUUCUAAGACGACAACAACAAAGAGGAGAUGGAGAAAUGAGAAAUGUCUUGAUAAUCCUCUGGAUCAUCUGUUCAGUACAUACCAAAAGAACAUCAUGCAAUCAUGUGACUUGUGUGGCUCCUACAUCUGGGUAAUGGAGAAAGCGUACAUGUGCAGCGCUUGCAAGUUAAUUUGUCACAAGAAAUGCCUCAAAAAAGUCAUUACAGACUGCUCAACACGGUGUGCCAGACAAGAUGACAGUGUACCAGGCUCACUACACUUUGGGGUCCAGGUGUGUGUCCUGACCAGUAAAGUCCACCCCGUGCCCAAAGUGAUGGAGUUGUUGUUGAUGCAUGUCGAGCUAAACGGCCUGUACACUGAGGGUAUUUACCGAAAAUCAGGGGCAGCCUGUCGAGCAAGGGAACUUUACCAGAUUCUGGAGACUGAUCCUGAAGUUGCCAAUUUAGAUAACUACCCCAUCCACACCAUCACUGGCCUCGUCAAACGGUGGCUGAGAGAGCUUCCUGAUCCCCUCAUGACAUUUUCUCUCUACAGUGACUUUCUGCAUGCUGUCGAGCUUCCAGAGAAACCAGACAGAAUAAAGGCUGUAUACCAAAAAGUGGAUGAGCUUCCUCCAGCUAAUUACAACACAUUGGAGCGGUUAAUUUUUCACCUUGUGAAGGUUGCAAAGGAAGAGAAGCAUAAUAAGAUGACGCCAAGCUCUCUGGCUAUCGUGUUUGCCCCCUGCAUCCUGCGUUCACCUGAUUUUAUCGACCCGUUUCUCAGUAUGAAGGAUGUGCCCAAAACUACCCUCUGUGUGGAGAUCCUUAUCAAUGAGCAGUUGAGACGCUACAACGAGAAGAUGCAAGAAAUCCAUGAGCUGGAGAAUGCAGAAGCAGAGGCUGUGAAUAUUCUGAGACUUAGGAGACAAAAUACGGUCUGUGAACAGCAAUCACAGCUGGAUGCUCCACACCCAGUUCAGUCUGAGGAGUCGGAUGACAACAUCAUUGAAAGAAUCAAAUCAAUCAAGCAGUUCAAGGCAGCCUUAGCAAGCGGGUUAAAUGAACUGGAGCAGGAGCUCUCUGACAGUGAAAUCCUAGACUCUGCAUCAUCAGUGAGCUCAGACAGCCUCGACCAGCUCGGGGGCAUUGACUCGGAAGGAAAGCUGACCAAGUCGUCGAAAACACUGAAACCUGAAUGCCCCGCUAAACCUGCUGACCUGGCACAGAGAUUCAGGAGACGCAUUGCUGAAGCACAAAUGGAACAAAGGCAGAUAACUUCUGGACAAAACACAGAUGUUACCCAUUCUACACGCCCACUGCCCAGACAGGAGAUUUCCUCUUCAGACGACACACAGCAGACCACCAGCAAGACCUUGAAUGGGAGCUUUGAUGACCUGGACAUUCCUUAUAUUGAUGAGGUUGAAGAUUAAAGCUGACUAUGGAGCACAAACUCUAAUUAUCUUGAUAUCCCCAAGUAUAACAUGCCUGAAAGAAAGUGCACUUUGUUUUACAAACACUAUUGGUCAUUGCUGCUUAGAACUUGUUUGUAUAAAAAAGAAAAUCAUGCUGACCUAAUAGGGUUCUUAUGAGAGCUCCACAGAAAUACUCCUGAUCUGAUAUAUAUGGUAAUUUGAGUAAAUUCUAUGGUUGUACAGAACACUUUGUGUAAGGCUUUAGGUUUUUGGACCAGUUCUGUGUGAGAAAUUUUAAACUGAAAAAACAAAUUGUCACCUUCAGUAAUGCACAGUAUUCUGGAAUACAUUACAUCUUAUAUUGUUCAUUAGAUAAAAUAUCUAGUCACUCUUUACUAGAUGCUUUGUGACUUUGUCUUGAGCAUAUUAUGACACUGUGAUUAAGACUCUUAAUGGGAAUCAAUGUACUUUUUUUAUUCAUUUUUAUGGUUUACCUGUAGAUUGAAAUUAAAUAUUUUGAGAUUAGGGAAAAAUAACUUUAAGAUUGACUGAGUAUUUCUUGCGAAGACCAGACAAGUCGUCCAUGGUCUAUACAUUAUACUUUUGUUGUGCAUGCAUGUACAUUUUGAUGGGUGUGCCUUGUUUUUUUCAUAUUACUAACAGCAACAAAAAGCUUUUAAAUGUCUUUCUCUGAUUAUUAUACAGGAUGUAUUACUUUAAACUGUAGCCGCCCAUUUUGAUUGAGGAUCAAAUCUGCCUAAUUUAAAUCAAGUAAAUGGAUAACUCAAAAAUUAGACCAAAAAACAAUGACAAACGAAAUAAAUAAUAAUUUAAAUAGAAGAAUGAAUAAAUGGAGUUCCUGAAGCAGAAAUUUAAUUAGUUAAAAGUAAAAGUAUAAAUGUAAACUGUACUGUACUGUAUUAAUUGAUGACUUUCUAUUUUGAUUUCUUUUUUUGCUCAUAUCGUUGCAUUAUUUAUUGAUGUAUUUUUUUAUCCUUAGAGGUAUGGUUCUCCAUAGCUCUAUGUACAAAGGGAAGUUUGGUGUACAUUAUAAUAAAAUUCAUUUGACUGCUAUUAAGUGAUUUAUUCC